AUUAGUUAUUAGAUUAUACAGUUGAAGUACAGAAACGAACAGUAAAAUAAAUAAAAAUGGAAAACCUAAUAAGAAAGAUAUCCGCAGUGUUUUUCACGACAUAAAAAACUGAGAUUAAAAAAAUGCGUUUUCAACGCACAAUUCAAUCUUUAAGAAAUAUAUAAUGACUCGAUACGAAUACAUAUAAUGAGAUUAAUAAUAUAAUUAUAUAUUUUAUAAUGAGCCAAAUUCAUUGAGAAGAUAAUAUAUGCAGAAUAUUUAUUGAUAUGGAAAGUUCUGAAUGAAAAUAUUUUUUAAUAAAUAAUGAAUGCUUAUGGAUUCUCAUACGUUCAUUCUCGUACGUUUUAAAAAAAAAUUGGCUUCUAAAAAAAUUGUAUCACGUGAAAUUGGUAAUAAUUAGACAAGUGAAUUGUGAAGUGAAAUAUUAACAAGUGAAUUUGUUUUUACAAGAAUAACAAUAUUUAAGAAAAUUAUAUGAUCAAGAAAUUAAUAAUAAUCAAGUAUAUUAACAAUUUGAAUUUAAUCUGCUAAAAAAACAAUUGUGAAGUGAAAUAUUAACAAGUGAAUUGAAUUUUUACAAGAAUAACAAUAUUUAAGAAAAUUAUAUGAUCAAGAAAUUAAUAAUAAUCAAGUAUAUUAACAAUCUAAAUUUAAGAAAUAUAUCCUGCUAGAAAAACAAUUUUUGAGAAAGUUAUUUAAAAAUCUUUAAGAGUCAUACCAGAUAUGGUUGAUAUUAACAAAUUAAUAAACUUGUUAUAAGAUAUUUGAGGAAACUAUUUUAAGAUCUUAUUAGAUAAGAUUGAUAAUAAUCCAAGCAUAUUAACGAGCAAAAACUUAUUACAAGGAUAAUAAUAACAUUUGAGGAAACUAUUUAAAAACAUUUAAAAAUAUUAUACCAGAUGGGGUUGAUAAUAAUCUAAACAUUUUAAAAAGUGAAUUAGACUUGUUAAAAGGCAACAGCAUUUAAACAUCUUAUUAGAUGGGGUUGAUAAUAAUCCAAGCAUAUUGAAUUUGUUAUAAGAAACAAAUAAAUUAAACUUGUUACAAAGGCAACAAUAUUUGAGGAUCUUAUUAGAUGGGGUUGGUAAUAAUCCAAGCAUAUUGAAUUUGUUAUAAGAACAAAUAAAUUAAACUUGUUACAAAGGCAACAAUAUUUGAGGAUCUUAUUAGAUGGGGUUGGUAAUAAUCCAAGUAUAUUGACAACUGAAUUCGUUGUAAGAACUCAUUAUAAGAGCAAUAAAAUCUAAAAAAAAAAGAUAUAUAUUAAAUAAAUUGAAUUAAAAAAUAAAAAUUAUUAACAUUUAUGAAAUAAAAUUUAUUAUCGACGACUAUAGGAGGUCAGGAGGAGUGAGAAGAGCAAGAUUAUAUUAGCUUUUGGCAGUGAAAUACAGCAAAGAAAAUGUUAAGAACAAGAUUAUUAAGACCAUUAUUGAUUCUAAAUAUUUAAUUUCAAAUUAAUAUUAAUUUUCUACAACUAAAAUUAAAUAGCUUUGAUUUGUGUAACGAUAAGAUCAAUACACUGAAUUCUAUCUAUAUAAAUGUAACUAAUACAUUGAAUACUGUCUACAGAUGUUAAUAUAAUUGUCUUGCACUACUCGUUAUCAUCAAGUAUAGAAUAGACAAUGAUAAUAUAAUAGCGGAACCAGCUCCACGCUAUGCAUGAUAUAUUCUGAGUGAAAUCAAUUAUUAUAAUUAAACAUCAUGUUAUUAACUACGUGGUUCAUAUCGGAUAUUAUUAUUGCUGUAACUCUUAUCAUUGUUGGAUUGUAUUUUUAUUAUAAAUUAUAUCUUUUUAAAUUUUGGCACAAAAGAGGAAUAUUUUAUGUUAAACCUAGUUUUCCAACUGGAAAUAUAAUGCCAAUAAUAACUGGUAAAAUGUCAUUAGCGGAGUUCUUUAGAGAUAUUUACGAACACAAUAAACAUCAUCCUCUCGUUGGCAUAUAUAUGCUCUAUAAACCUUUUUUAAUUGUAAAUGAUCCCGAUUUAAUUCGAAAUAUAUUGACAAAAGAGUUUACAAAUUUUCAUGAUCGUGGAAUAUUUUAUAAUGAAGAAAUAGAUCCAUUAUCUGGACAUCUAUUUCAAUUACCGGGGAAAAAAUGGAGAAAUUUAAGGGUGAAGUUGACACCAACUUUUACUUCAGGAAAAAUUAAACAAAUUUUUCCGAUUUUAAAAGAAGCUGGAAAUGUCCUCGAAAAAUAUUUAGAAGAAGAAGCGCUGAAAGGAUCAACAAUCGAUGUGAAAGAUAUAUUUGCAAGAUAUUCGACUGACAUUAUCAUGUCAGUGGCAUUUGGAAUAUCAUGUGACAGUUUUAAAGAACCAAAUAAUGAAUUUCGAUAUUGGGGAAAGAAAAUAUUCGAUCCAAAACCUUUUUGGAACGCUCUUAUUUUAUUUGCUCCACAAGUCCUUAAUUUCUUUUCUAUAUCAUAUACCGAAAAAAGCGUUACAAACUUUUUCACGAAUAUGUUUAAACAAACUGUGAAAUACAGAGAAUCGAAUAACAUCGAAAGAAAAGAUUUUUUGAAUUUGUUGAUUCAAUUAAUGAAAAAUGGAUAUGUAAAUGCGGAUGAUGAAUCAUUAUCAAACAACGUAAAUGCUGCAAAAAAUAAGUUGACAAUGAUGGAAGCUGCGGCGCAAGCUUAUGUGUUUUUCUUAGCUGGAUUUGAAACAUCGUCAACUACAGUUACGUUUUGUCUCUAUGAAUUAGCAAAAAAUCAAGAUAUUCAGAAUAAACUACGCGAAGAAAUUCAAACGAUGAUUAAGAAAAAUGGCGAUUUAACAUAUUGCGCAUUAAAUGAUAUGAAUUAUCUUCAUAAAGUAAUUUCUGAAACUUUAAGAAAAUAUCCACCAGUUGUUAUUUUAAAUCGUAUUUGUACAAACGAUGUAAAAUUGAAUACAACAAAUUUUUCCAUACCGAAAGGAACUUCCGUAGCCAUACCUGUUUUUGGCCUUCAUCGAGAUUCUAAUAUAUUUCCUGAUCCAGAAAAAUUUGAUCCAGAACGAUUUUCCGAAGAAAAUAUAAAAACUAGGCAUUCUUAUGUAUAUUUGCCAUUUGGUGAAGGACCACGAAUAUGUAUCGGAUUACGAUUUGGUUUGAUACAAACAAAACUUGCUAUAAUUAGUGCGCUAUUAAAGAAUAAAUUCAAACUUGGGCCAAAUACACCAUCUACUUUGGAAUUCGAGAAAGGAACCCUCAUAUUAAUAGGAAAAGGAGGUAUACAUCUAACUAUUGAGCCAAUAUAAUUUUAAUUAUUAAGAAUUUUAAUAAUGUUAUUCUUAGAAAUGAUACUUGUAAGAUACUUUUAGAUAUUUUCUUAAAAUACUUAUUAUAUAUAAUAUUAUUGUAAUAUAUGUAAUAUAUAUGUAUAUAUAUGUAAUAUUAUUAACAUACAUUUAACAUACAUUUUAUUCAAGACAAAUAAUAAUAAAUUUAGCAAAAUUUUAUUAAUAAAAAAGAGAAAAAAGGAA